AACAGUUCAACUAUCUGAGUAGUUUCAACCUCCACGAGUUACAACGUAAUUGCAAAGUUGACCAAGUUCCAGUUUGUCCUUCCUUGGUUAUACGUUGCUCCCCACUUCAAAGCGGAAACUCUGAUCCAGUUUUAUUAUCCUCCCAAGUCACAGCCCAGAAUUUGGUUCUUUUUCAGUCUCUUCGUGUCCUCUUUUCGAUCGCCGUCAGGGUUUUCACCUCACCAACUUUUUCCUUGAAAAUAUCAAUCUAUAGAUCAGCUCAAUUCCUGAUCUAAAAAUUUUUAUCCACUUUUGUUCUGAAUACUCGUAUAUUCUGCGGUCUUUCUGAUUCUUCAUCUGGGUCUUAUUCCUUUUCCAUCCUUUCCCUGAAAGUUCAACCGAGUUUCUGAUCUGAACCUUAAAGUUUAUCCCUUUUCCUUAGAAUUCAGCUUCAUUGACUUACAAAUUUGGCUAUUAUAAUAAAUGGGUAUUUGCUUAAGCAAAGGCAAAGCUUCAGAACCAAGAUAUAAUGGUUAUACGUCAGGAGGUGGUUCUGGUGUGCAGCACCACCAGAAAACCCAUGAGCCCGUAGUUCACCAAUCCAAAACCCCACCCCAACAAUCGCACCAAUUGCCUGAAAAGCGGGCCCAGCAGGCAGCGCCGCAUGUGUUGAAGCCGUCUGUGCCGGCUCCAAGCCCAAAACCCGUCCCCAGGCCAGAUGCAAUUCUAGACAAAACAUAUGACGAUGUUAAGCAGUACUACACCAUUGGCAAAGAAUUGGGAAGAGGUCAAUUUGGGGUUACUUAUCUUUGUGUUGAGAAUUCAACGGGCAGGAAAUAUGCUUGCAAGUCUAUAUCCAAAAGGAAGCUUGUUCGUAAGAAUGACAGGGAGGACAUAAAAAGAGAGAUUCAGAUUAUGCAGGAUUUGACCGGGCAACCCAAUAUUGUUGAGUUUAAGGGUGCUUAUGAGGAUAAGCAAUCAGUGCAUGUUGUUAUGGAGCUAUGUGCCGGCGGUGAGCUUUUUGACAGAAUCAUUGCCAAGGGGCAUUAUAGUGAGAGGGCUGCUGCUUCAAUAUGCAGGGCAAUUGUUAAUGUUGUGCAUAUCUGUCACUUUAUGGGUGUAAUGCAUAGGGACCUUAAACCUGAGAAUUUCUUGCUAUCUAGCAAGGAUGAGAAUGCACUUUUGAAGGCCACGGAUUUUGGGUUGUCCGUUUUCAUCGAAGAAGGGAAGGUGUACCGGGAUAUAGUUGGGAGUGCUUAUUAUGUUGCACCUGAAGUAUUACGACGAAGAUAUGGGAAGGAAAUAGAUAUUUGGAGUGCAGGAGUUAUCUUGUAUAUAUUACUCAGUGGCGUACCUCCAUUUUGGGCUGAGACGGAGAAGGGGAUUUUCGAUGCUAUUUUGCAAGGGGAAAUUGACUUUGAAAGCAAGCCAUGGCCAACUAUUUCAGGCAGUGCCAAGGACCUGGUCCGCAAGAUGCUAACACAGGACCCAAAGAAAAGGAUUACUUCAACUCAGGUUCUAGAGCACCCGUGGAUUAGAGAAGAUGGAGAAGCAUCAGACAAGCCAAUCGACAGUGCCGUCCUUUCCAGGAUGAAGCAAUUCACAGCAAUGAACAAACUAAAGAAACUUGCCCUGAAGGUCAUUGCUGAGAAUCUUUCUGAAGAAGAAAUCCAAGGGCUGAAGGCAAUGUUUACAAACAUUGAUACCGAUAAAAGUGGCACAAUCACGUAUGAAGAACUGAAGGCAGGAUUGGCUCGUCUCGGCUCAAAGCUUUCAGAGGCUGAAGUACAGCAGCUCAUGGAAGCUGCUGAUGUGGAUGGGAAUGGGUCAAUUGACUACAUUGAAUUUAUCACUGCUACAAUGCAUAGACACAAGCUAGAAAGAGAUGAACAUCUUUUCAAGGCUUUUCAAUAUUUUGAUAAGGAUAAUAGUGGGUUUAUUACCAGAGAUGAACUAGAGGUUGCCAUGAAAGAAUAUGCAAUGGGUGAUGAUACCACGAUCAAGGAAAUAAUAUCAGAAGUUGAUACAGAUAAUGAUGGUAGGAUCAACUACGAUGAGUUCUGUACUAUGAUGAGAAGUGGAACCCAACAGCAAGGGAAGCUCUUCUAGAUCAACAGGUGUUAUUCCUGCUGAACCCAAGAGCCCCUACUGAAGGUAACAUCUGUAGAUUGAGGACUCGGAGCCAUCUCAGAUGGUGGCAUCUGCUUUCAUAAUAAUUCCUAUCAAGGAUAAAUAUCUAAUCCCAAAUCAUGCCAAUUCAAUUUGUUUUGAGUGUUGCAAGGGUUGUGCAUAAAUAAUCACAACCAUCUUGAUGACAUUUUCCGAUGUUCUGUCAAUUGUGUGGGCAUGUUGAUGAUAUUUGGGGGAUAGACUCGGAAGAGGAUGAUGUUUUUUUCCCUUUAUUAGGACAGGAGGGUAUGCGCAUAACUACCUUAUAGACAGGUUUCGAUUGAAGCGGAUGCUAGGUGUUCCGGACAUGAAGCAUGGAUUGUCAGCAUUUCUUGGCAUUCAGUUCAAACCUGAAUCUGACCAUUU